UGUAAUUAAGCAGAGCUGCCUCGCCUGUACGAGCGACAACUCAGUCCAGCUUUGAGGGUUGUUCUGUACACACUUUUUAGUACAGAGUCCAUUGUCGGUAGAUAACUUUAUAUUACUAAGCACACGUGCGAGACAUUGACAUGUCAAAAACCGAGAAUACUGUUCUACAAGAUUCAAAUCAGAGUCUUCACUCGAAUGAAUCUACACACGACCAGGCAAAGGUUGUUUCGGAAAUUGAAAGAGACAAAUGGGCCCGCAAAGCGGAUUUCUUUCUCUCAUCCCUGGGGUAUUGCGUCGGAUUCGGUAACUUAUGGAGAUUUCCUUACUUGGCAUACAAGAAUGGUGGAGGUAGGCCUCAAUUUUUUGGCGGAUAUGCCCGAUUCCUUGCCGUGUAUCAAAACAUUCAAAUUAUGUCUAGUUAUAUUCAUAUUAAUUAAUUCAGUUACAAUUCAUUUACAUCGUACAAUUACCAUAUUUAUUCGAAUAAGCGCCCAACCUCGAAUUAGCCCUCUCCUCGAAUGAGCGCCCAUCCUAAAGGUUUUGUAGAACCUUGCUUUGUUACUUCUUCGCGUUUUGUUAUUAGCAUUUAUUGUUUUGUUGCAAAAUAAACAUAUUUCACUUGCUGAAAAUGGUGAAAAUUUAACAAGCGCCCAGCCUCGAAUAAGCGUCCACCUCGAAUAAGCGCUCACUCUCAAGGUCUAAAAAUAUAAUAAGCGCCCAGGGCGGUUAAUCGAAUAAAUACGGUAAUACAGUGUAUUUUAUUCUGGUGGAGCUCUGCUUUUUUUUUGUCAUUAAUUUUUUACGAGUGGGUGAUCCUUUGCCCAGUGUGGUAACUAAUCACUUGAAUCUGUCAGAUUUGAAGUUGAAGUGAUCGGACACGUCCAUCAUGUCCCAGCUCAUUAAUAGUUGGCACUGUUCUCUGUCCUACACAGUAUUAGUGCAUAGUAAACUACACAGUAAAAUGAAAAGAGCUAAUUUGGCCCCAAAAAUGUGGCCAAAAUGAGUGAGUCCAGAGUGGUACUGAAAUGUGGCUGUUUUUGUGCCAAUUUUGGGAAAUAAAAUCAGUAUUUACAAGUGUGUUUGUAAUUGUUAGUAACUAAUAGCUUUAUCCUGUAUAAGUGCGAAAAACGAACAAUAAUGGACCGUAAUUUCAAUGGGACUUGACCCAAUCGGAGCCGGAAAACAUUAGUUUUCAUUGGUAUUGAAGGAUAUAGCAAACUUUACGCACCUAUCAAUGUAAACCCCGUGGGGUGGGGAGUGCCGGCAAGGGGUUGGGGAUUUGUCAAAUUUUAAAAUUUUUUGAUCAAAUUCCCCAGGGUGGGAAACGAAAGGUCAAUCAAGAGUGUCAAAAAAGCCCCCACCCCAGGGGAAAAAAUCUAAACAAACAAUACGAUAAUACUAUAUAAAACGAAUAAAAGAACAUUUCAAAAGUACGUUCUUACUACUUUUAUUUAUACGGGCUAUGUCAGCUGGAGAGCAUGCGCUCUGAGGUUAUGCAAAUUACUUCCAACUGUCAAAAUUCUAUUGUUUUUAACGUGUGACUUUCUCCAUGUUCUCUGUCACGUCCAAGGCUCCGAAUUUAGAGAGGUUAACAAGCGAAAUGGGUUUAGAUAAGGGAUAUUUGGAUAGAAUUUACGGAACGUUUCUUCUCUGGUUAUGCUAGAUCAAGAAUAAAAUUUUGACGACAAUUUUACUUGUAGUUUUGGAGUAAAAACGCAUGCCAUUCAUAAAAUAGUGCGCACAACAAAAAUUCAACAACAACAUAUUGUCUUGUUCAACAAAAUAAAUCGAAGUUGUAUUUUACAAACGAGCUACAAAAGACGCUAGACCGAAGAUAAAGACCAAGACUGUUUCAAAUCAUUAACAAUUAGACUUGUCUGUCGCUAGUGAUUUUAUAAUUUAGAUGCUGAUAGAACAAGAGACAUCAAGUCUUUGUUUUCAUACAUUAUCGCGCAAAAUUGUUCGAUCGUGCCGAAUCACUGCGACGUCGAGAAAAACAGAGCCAAGCAUCAUUGGUAUACUACUCCACUAUAAGCAGUCUGUUGAUAAAAAGGGAAAGUAAACUCUGCUAGUUUCCAAAAAUAUGCUCGAACACAAACAGUUCAAAAACAUGGCAUUUACAGGAUCUAACUCGUACUAAGGUGCCUCUCUAAGUCCGUUGAGAACAAUCUGGACGAGCAAACGGUAGUGUUUAUCUUUGCCGUGAAUCCAGAUAAAUACAAGAAGGAAUCUAGCCGAAUUUUAUAAUGUUUCCUUCGCCAGGAGUUUAGUUUGGUCACGAAACUCAUGGCCUGAUGCUCUUGUAAUCGUUUACCAAAAACGGCCGCCGCCAACUCGAUAGCCGCUUCAUUAUAUGUCCACAUACUUUGAGCACAAGAAAAAUCCAAGAGCCAGCAACCUCUAAAAUAACUCAGUAGAAAGGUUCUGUGAACUAUAGGGAAGAUUCCAUCAAAGAUUCCAUCAAAGAUUCCAUCGCUCAUUGUGGAGUAGCCGUCAUUAACUCUGCCAUUACAACGGCCGCUCAUAAGAGGACACAGUAAAUCCACGUAAAAACAUUCCACAGGCAAACAAUUUCAAAAUAACGCCAAAAAAUUAUUCUGUAAUCACCAUAGAACGAUUCUUAAUACAAAACUUCGCUAACUAUCUAACGAUGGCUGAGAUUUAGACAGAUAAAAACAGCCUUCCAAAAUCUCCGACAGAACUUGAAAAAGACAGGCCAACUUUUUCAAGUUUGUUUUCAUUGGCUCGCGCAUGCGUGUGGGGUGACAUAGCCCCUUUAAGGUUAAAGUAACAAAAUCAUGUCAAUAUGGGUUGUUCAGUGUUUAGACAGGCUCAUUGCAUUAUUUUGACAUAACCCCCACACCCUACCCCCUGAAAAAAAGAAUUUGAAAAAAAAAUUUUUUUCCCAUUUUUCUUAAAUAGAGUGGGUGUUGAAAAAAAAUGUGCUAAAAAUUUGUCAUUUGCUUAUUUUCAACCAAAUUUGGCAUGCAAUUAGCCUGGAUUUAAAGUAACAACUUCUUUUUUAACAUAUCUUGUAAAGACACUUCAUUUUGGACUAAAUGGCGUCCAUCUUGGAUUUUUUUGCAUAAAUUAUGCAAAUUUUCUCACAAUUGAAUUUUUUUUUGAAAACUGUAUUGAAUGUAUGGAGAGAAAUUAAUCAUUUUUAUAGAGCUAAUUUAUCUCUCUUUCAAAUGGGAUGAAGCUUGAAACACUGCUGUAAACACCUGCAGAGAUAUUAAUAAAAAUAUGAAAGUCGUCAAUUUUCCCCUGAUUUUUGCCUGAAGACAAUGAGUUUUAAGUUACUCGCUGUAAUUAAGUAUUGUCUCUCUCCACUAGCAUCUCAUAUUUUGAACAACAAAAUCACUCCAGAAGAUUGACCGUGCUAUUAUAAUAUUAAUAAAACGUAAAAUGCUUUAUAACAUCUGCUCAACAUGUCGGAACAGGUCGGAUCAGUGACCCGUAAAAAAUCCACUGACUUUCAUGGUGGAAUUCGAUUUCAAUGGAGUUUUACAAUCAGAUGGGAACUUGAAGAUAAAAACUUUCUCAAAAUAGACAUUAUCUGUUUAGAUGACAGUUUAAAGUAUCGGAUUAUGGCGAUUAAAACAAAUGACAACUUCAUACCUUUCUCCAACAGCGUGACUUUCAGAAAGCCUCGAGGGACGGACUCGGUAACCGCUUUUGAAUUGAUACCAGGCUUCUGUCGGUCAAAGUCAAAGGUCCCGACCCCGGGGUCGCUUCGCACGAUCAAAAGCCCGACAGGGGGAUAGUCUCAGGCAUCAAAUCCCCACCCCUUGCCCGCACUCCGCCCCCCACGGGAUUUACAUUGAUAGGUGCAUUAAGCUGCAACUGCUACUGCAUGAAAUAAAAAAAAGAAAGGAAAGAAAGUAUAUAGUAGUAAGGUUUACCUUUGCUAAAUGCAGCAAUGUGUGCAGUUGAAAACAGGCACAUAUAUAUAAAGUACUGAAAGAAGCGUUUUUUAAAUUUUAUUUUACAGCAUCUUUUCUUAUCCCCUACUUUCUGAUGCUGAUCAUCAACGGAGUUCCUCUUUUCUUCAUGGAACUUGCCAUUGGUCAGUGGUACAGUUCUGGAGUGAUCGGUGUCUGGAAAUCUGUGUGCCCACUAAUGAAAGGUAACACUGUCUAUUUAUCCUUCUGCGACAUUUUUGUUUUAGUUUAAGGUCAACAUUCAACUUUCUCUGAGACGAUCUAAGACGAACACUAGAGACUUUAAGGUCCAACGACGCGAUGGCAACAAGAACGUCGCUUAAAAAGUGUAUUUUCGUUCUCUCAGUCUUAAUAGCGAUUAUUCCUACCCACUUACUUUGUCAAUUGUAGGCGAAUCCUCUUAAAGUUGAAUUUCAAGGGACCAUAUAUUUAAGCUCAGAAAAUUAACAGAAUUGAAAUUUCGUCGUUGCUUGUUUACGUUCUCGAUAAAAAGCGAAAUUAGGCAUUUUCACGUCGUAGUCGUGCAAAAACGGGAAAGAAAUGUACAAAAAAGUGUGAUGCACCUGCAAAGUUGUUGUUUUGCUUAUUAAACCUAUUGUUUUUAUGAAGUUCUCAUUGCCGUCCGCCUCGUUGGAUCUUAAAGUCACUACUGUCGCUUGCAGAACCCCAGUUGUUCAAAACGUGAAUAGCGUUAUCCGAGAGGGAAUCAGUGGAGUAGUGGCUUUGACGGUUGACGGUUGAUGGUUAAGUUCUGGAGAUUUUGACGGUUGACGGUUAUUUAGUGAAAACUUAGUCAAAGAGUUUUUAUUGCGGAAGUUACUAUUUAAUUAACUACUGUAUAUAGAAAGUAAAAAUUAAGCCGUUCUGUUUUGGAGAUUGUCUUUUAACAUUUCGAAAUAUUUCUAGAUAUAAGCAAUUUGUAAGGUCUUGUAAGACUUGUAAUGCUUAGGGAGAGUUUUUUUUUUUACAUGGGAACUGGUUUUUCUAGUAGCCAGAAGGUCCGUUAUAACCAGCUGAUACAGUGAAAUUCGAGAUGGUUAAUUUUAAUCUGCAUUUUUGAUGGUUGACGGUGGAAAGUACAUUUUUUCGACCGCUGACCGUUAACCCCAUUCAGAUCCUCUAUCCACUGUGUAAAUCUCUAUCUAGUGGACAACGCAGUUGGUUUCCAUAGAACUUAUCCGCUGGAUAGCGAUUUAUCUGGUGGGUAUAUAGUGCUAUCCAACGUUUGAACAACCGGGCCGCGGACCAGGUGUUGGUGGCGCGGCAGGGAACAAUUCAAUGUGUGAAUCCGUCUUACAGAGGCGUUCGUUCAAACAGAGUUGACUGUGUGACCAAUAUAGAGAAAUGUACUGUGGUACUGUAACAUUAAUAUUAUAUAUAUUUAAUACACAGCAUCUAAUGUUCUUUAUAGAGUCAUUUACUCAGUAACAUUAAAUUCACAGUAUCUAUAAUAUUCUUGAGUUUCUGCACCUUAACUAUAGGUGUUAUAUGCACCGAAUCUGUGAUGUCAGCUGUGUUGUGGGAGUUCACGGUUUUCAAAUUCCAAGCUCUCCGGGAAGGUCUAGCGGUGGAGAGCUUCUUAGCAGGUUACAGAGAACCGUCAAUAAUCCCGUUUCGAAUUCGUCUUGGCCGCUGAAUAGAAGCACUGAAGACUCAUUUAUACAGGGUUAGCCUCGACCUAAGGUAAAUAUAUUUAUAAAUUCCAUUCAGACGAAGACCUGUGUACAAGUGUGUCUAUUGUUUUACAGUCAUAUUCAGGCGCCUUCUCGCUGGUAUUUGUGAAUAUUUUACUUUAGAUCGAGGCUAACCCUAUAUAAAUAUGUCUUCAGUGCUUCUAUUCAGCGGCCGCGACGAAAUUUGAAACUGGACUAUUUAUGACUUAUUUUCUCAUUGUACUCUAGGUAUUGGAUAUGCUAUAUGUGUUAUGGGUUAUUUGGUUGGUAUCUACUACAUUAUCAUUUUGUCCUGGACAUUCUUCUUACUGUUCCAAUCAUUUCGUUCCGAAGUGCCAUGGAAAACUUGCGAUAACUCAUGGAAUACAAUGUUUUGCAGGUAAUGACCAGGGGUACCCAACGACUGUUUUCUGUAAAAUAUCUGUUCGGAGAAGUUGAGGACGGCUAAAAAUUUCUAGAUGACCGUUCCAUUUAUGGACAAUUUUCGAGGCGUAUAUAUCUCGUGAUAAAUUCACUACGAUUUUCUGAAAUUUAAUUUUUCAGUCACAUUUCACCGCCCAGGAUAGGCUUAAUUUUUCGUACAAAAAAUGAAACCAACAAUUUUCGGAUUCAAGCGGUGAAUGUGAUGAAGAGAGGAAUCAGAAAAAUUCUCACUUUCGUAAUAGCUUAAAAUACAUCUAAAAUUUUCGUGCAAAUGUAUAAUAAUAUACUUAGCCCUUGUAAUUUCGAAAAGACUCAAACGACAGAUUCCCCUAGGAUGACCGAACACGUACGGGUACAAAUUUUAUUACGCCUCUUAGAAUGCAUUUCUGGAAAUCUAGAAGUAGUCUGGAUAGCCCAAAAAUUGACUUGCUACAAGUCGACCUCUUGGCGAGCGGAGCGAGCCUUUUUUGCCCGCGAAACAGCCUAUUUCGCCGCGACGAAGGACUUUUUUGAAAAAAGUGUGUUUUCAAUUUAUCUAGAAGGAAACCGUCGUUGGGUGCCCUUGAAUGGCAAAAUGUUUCAAUUCUGCGACUCAAGCAUUAUAUUGGCUGUAUGUGUUUAGUCAUUUGUUGUGCGAUGUUACGAAGGCCCUGUUCACACAUACUACGCAAAGUUUUGUUUGUUUUGCAAAAAAUCUAUCAACGGGCUAUUUCUCCAGUUUUUAACCUAUACCAAAAUUUUCUCAAGUGUCAACAACUUCAAAGAUGCCGUCGAGAAGAUUUUGGAGGCCUACGAUUAUUUGUAAAGAGAAAAAACCUAAGUUUGUUACUUUUUAAUUGACAGCUAUCCUUCGUCGGGUCAUCUCAUGAUUGCGCAAACAUGACCAAUUAAAGUUCCAAUUGACGUUUCUGGUUUACAUACGAAAAUUUUGCGUGUUUCGGGUGCGAACAAAGCUACAAAAACGAAAAAUAUGGUGAUUACAAAAUUUUCAUUUUUUUUUUUGCAAAAACGUGGAACUCUAUUUUUUUUGUCGUAGCGCGAGGGGGCCGAAGACAUGGAAGUAUUAUGUUAAGUGUAUUUGUUGAUAUGUUUGUUUUUCUGUUUCUUUGUAGGGAAGAAAGAAAGGGUGACAGUUUUAACUGCACCGUCUUUGAUCUGCCCGCCAAUUGUACAGCGAAGUACACCUCCCCGAGCGCCGAAUUCUGGACGUACGUAAAUUCAAUUUUUAUCGGUCUUUAUAGCAUUAAUAAGGGGUUUGAACAUAAUCGUUCUGCUUGGGAGUGACUUAUAUGGAGGGAGCCAAACUCUCCAAACUCCAUUUAAUUACAACUGCUACUAAAACAAGAACAAGACAAGAAUUGUCUGUCAAAUGUAGUUGGACAAGAAAUCGAUCUGACUCGUAAUAUGAUCGAAAUUGCUCAUUCUCACUCUCAGGCGCGAAUUCAGACCUAAUUGCAAGCCCGAUUCAAACAGUUCUUCUGCCAUUGUUAUUUGUUUCUGAAAUCGUGUGUUUUGAUAGAGAUCAUGCUAUUAUUGAUUAUAUAAAAACCCGUCUAUUAAAAUUUGGUCAAAUGAGUUUCAACUGGUAAUGAUUAAUUAUAGUAAGCUGUCUGGAAGUUUAUAGGAAAAUCUGAAGAGCGAAUUUUAUGUAAACUGAGCAAAAGUGAAAUGUUAAGGUUGUAUUAAAUCGUUCAUGGUGCCAUGGAAUCUACGAAAACGUCACAUUUUACCUGUCAAUCAAAAUCUUUCAUCAGUAUAUUUUUCAUUACCCAAGUUUCAACUUGUGAGCUGCAACCUUAACUGGUGCCUGCCACGGCAAAAGCUAUAGAAUCCAUUCUAGUUCCCCUGACCAAAGAAUCCGGAAUCCAGUAGGCCUGGAAUCCAGAAUCCAAGACUGUCUUAGAUUUCAAGGGGCGAGGUAUAAAAUAUUGUCAAAUUUAAACAAACCACUUGGCGAGCUUGAAAACAGGUUAAAAUCCAGCCAUUUUCAUUUAAUAGAAACAACUUACUGCAAAUAACCGGAGAGAUCGGAGACUUUGGAGAUAUGCGGUGGGAGCUGGUUGGAACAACGUUGUUAUCAUGGGUUGUUGUCUAUUUGUGCCUCUUCAAGGGAAUUAAGUCAUCUGGAAAGGUAAAAUACAUUUUACGUUAAUCGUUUAAAACUGAAAAUAUACUCGGAAGGAAAAAAAGGACUCCCAGUCCUCAGGGCACUCUAAAAUUACUAAUCUAGACCAUUCAUCUAUACUCUGAGCAUUUCCUCGAUGCAGUAGAAAAUUGGUAGAUUUACUAAAGAAGGCAAUGCAAUGUCGGUAAAUUUCAUGAACAAGAUCCCUGUUUAAGAAAGCCGUUUAAAGAAAGCACUCGAUUUCGGUAGGAAAUCUUACGUGAAAACAGGGGACUGUAACAGUCUAUAACACUGCAAUCUCGCUUGAAGGCGCGUGUCAGUCGUUUCUCCACUACCCUAGAGUUUUAAAGAAAGGAAAAUUCUUUGCAUACGCCUCAUCCCUGCAGGAGACAAUUACCUACCCUUGAUUUUUUUCAAGGCCUUACUUCCAUGAAUAUCUGUCUUACAUUUCAGGUCGUGUAUUUCACAGCCACAUUUCCGUUUAUCGUUCUUUUUAUUCUCUUCAUCCGUGGAGUCACUUUGGAUGGUGCUGGAGAAGGGGUUCUGUUCUACCUUAAGCCAGAUUUCUCACGCCUUGCUGAUCCUCAGGUAACAAUUCCUUCUUUCGAGUUAAAUCAAAACCCCCUUUUGACGUUAGGAUCCACGGAAGUGUACACUCUUUUUUUUAUAUAAGAAUGUUGUUUUCCCGGCCGAGGCUGAAUAUUCUUAUUUUUGUGCCGAUUUUAGGCUGAAAAUAUUCUUAUAUUAUUCUUAAAUUAUAGCUUAUGACAUUUCCGUUUUAGAAUGUAUUGGGGUAUCAAGUAUAGUUAGUGCAGGUUUUUGCGCCUUGUUGGCAAGUUUUGCCGUUCAGAGGAUGGAAUAAGUUGAAAACAUAAUUGUGUGGUUUUUACAGUUUUUGAACACACAAAAUUAUCCUUUUCAAAACCUCAGCCUGGGGUUUAUUCUUAAAAUAUUCUUAAAAUUUCGCAAAUUUCAGCCUCGAUAUUCUUAUAAAAUAUAUUCUUAUAGAAAAAAAAGAGUGUUUAACUCCUCAAGAUGUUUAGGCGUCUCAUAAGAGGGGGUUCACGUCGGCACUAAAGAUUGUCUUUCGUAACCGAAUAGACCCUUCAGUAAAAUAUGAUGAUUAUGUACAUAUGUAUACAUGCAGAAAAUACGGCCGGUCACUGGCCGGUCUGUUUGUUUAAUUUGUGACUUUUGCAUGGCUCAAUAAUAGGUGUGGAUUUAUGCUUCCACUCAAAUCUACUGGUCACUCGGGGUCGGCUUUGGAACCCUCAUCACAUUUGGAAGCUAUAACAAGUUCGAGAACAACUGUGAAAGGUAACGAAAUUCUAGCUGCGAUCGAGGAUUUGGUAGAUAAGAUCUGAAGACGUUUUAUUUCGGCCUUCAUUUUUGGUGAAUACAGAUCUAUUUUUAAACAGCUUCAACUAGGUUAGGUGAUUAUUGCAUUUUCAUUGCAGUCCACAAAUUAGAACACAAAGACAAAAGACAAAAGAUAAAUUUUGCAAACCAAACAUUACAUUAAAUUAGUAAUUAACCCAACUGGUCGGAGAUUAUCCCAGUCACUUGACCGGAGAUUUAAAUUUGCUUCACCCAGUUGAAACUAGAGCAAGUGUUGUUAUGUUGCCUGCCUCUAUCGAAAGAGAAUUUCACCCGAAAAUCACGCAGUGAACGUCACCAGUUUCACUAACCACCUGUUUACUUAUUGGCCAUCAGGCCUCACUUGUUCAAAAGGUGGAUAUUGCUCUCCACUGCGGGAUAAAUCACUAUUCACAGGAUACAUGUGCAAUUGGUUUCCCUUAUGCUUAUUUACUGGAUAGGGUGGAUAACUGGGACCUGACAGUUAUUUUUCUGCGUUGUCUUGGUGACGCUUAACUGAUAAUAAACCAUGACAUUAUAAUGUAAUUAUUUCAAAAAACAAUUGAAAGCGAACGCAAAAACUAAUAUGUUUACUGUUUACCACAGGGAUGCUAUGAUCAUAUCAUUUGCCAACUGUGGAACCAGCUUUUUCGCUGGGUUUGUCAUUUUUAGUGUUCUUGGCUUCAUGGCUUACGUCUUGGAAACCACGGUGUCUAACGUUGCUACAUCAGGUGGGUGAGACCUAAUAAAAACAACAACAACAAAUAUUUGACAAAUAUUUAACAACAUAAUAUUUUGCUAGUUUUGUCGUCACGAUGACUCAAGAAUGAACUGAUAAAAAAGGUAACAAUGCUGGAUAAAAAAAAUUGUUUGCUUAUGACAUGCGAGAUUCUUAUCCACGCUCUAAACUUGUUUACCCAGCUCUCCUGUCUCUGGAAAAGAGGAAAAACUAUUUGGUAGUCAAAAGUUAUGCAGAAAAUCUUUAUGGCAACUUUGAAGUACCAAACUUUUAGUACAGCAUUACGAGAGUCUUUUUCAAAGGAGGGGGAAUCUAUCCACACCUCAAGAGCGCCGAUCCUUCCUAGUUGACUGAACUAGCGUGUCUCGAGUGAAUAUGGCUUGAGAAAACAGCCGAUAUUUGGCAGGGAAAUUAAACCAGUCAGCUGCCAGUGGCGUCGCUAAAUGUCGGCUGUUUUCUCGAGCUACAGCGAACAGACGUCACAUUAAUCAGUUUCCUUUUUUUCCUUGCUUAUCAUUGUCUUGAUUUUCCAAAGUACGGUUUUUAAAAAGACCGUACAUGUACCUUUAUCUGCUUAGGCUAUUCCCAGUGUCUCUUGCCCCGGUUAAGGGACAAGGAGUGAUCCUGGGAACGAGGACUCCUAUCUGUUUAAUAGACUCUAAUUAAUUCACCAUUCCUGCAUUUCACUUCAGGUAGCACACAUAUUGAAAUGAAAUCGAAACCUAGGUGGAGAAUAGACACUUCUGGCCCGUUGGAGCUAGUCAUUCACGUUGUACAAACCGCCAUUUUGUUGAGCAACAAACUCAAUGUGAGAAGACAAACAAAGGAAAUUACCAUUUUAAAAUGACGAGACCUCUUUUUGUUCUCUUGUUCCAGUGCGUGCUUCGCUUCCCUUGCUGUCCAGCGGGACGAUUUUUUAUCACGUGUAUGACUAGCUGCAAAGGGUCUAUUCCAUACAAACCACUAAAUUUGUCGACCCAACCAUGACCUCGAUUUGGUGCCUUUAUUCUGUUGAUCAAUUUGGCCGAAAACUUCCAACGAUCUUUAAUAUUGAUCCUAUGGUUGUCACAGGUCCUGGACUGGCUUUUGUUGUUUACCCUGAAGCAAUAUCCCAGAUGCCGUUGUCAGUUCUGUGGGCCAUAUUGUUUUUCUUUAUGUUAGUCACCCUCGGACUGGACAGUCAGGUAAUACACCUUUUUACCGAUGCGGCGGCCGUAUUGAAUUUAUUAGAUUUAAGGAGUAUUAUGGGAUGCCCAGAGGGCACUCGCUCAGUAUUUACGCGCGCUUUUCGGGCAAAAAGAGAACUUCACUGUACAGUUCUCGGGAAAAAGGUGAUCAUUAUUACAUCCAAACAGGGCAGAACGAUCUUUUUUCCCAUUUCCAUCCAUUUCUAGGAAAACUGAAAGAAAAAUUUGCCCGAAAAGCACGCGUAAAUACUACUGAGCGAGUAUAUCGGAUCGUGCUCAUGCCCCCCAGGCAUUUCAUAAUACUCUUUGAAUCUAAUAAAUUCAAUAUCGCCGCCGUAUCGGUAAAAAGGUCUAUUGAUUCUCAUGGAUGAUGGCCUCGCGAAUAUCAUAACUCUAUAACUCUAGUUUAUCUUGUAUGAUGGGAUAUAGUGACGAGUUGGGUUGAUGAUUUUGUUUCCCCUUCAAUUGUAGUUUGCUACUAUUGAAGCAGUUAUUACCGCAAUAGUGGAUGAAUAUCCUUGGCUGAAGAAGGGUUAUCGGAAGCAGAUAUUUGUGAUGAUUUUGUGCGUCAGCAUGUUUCUUCUUGGACUUCCGUGUGUUACACAGGUAUAAUAUAUAGAUUUAGCCAAGGCCAAAAGCGAAGUUCUUGCGAAAACUUUCGAGAAUUGUCUUUCUGAAGUAACGUUUCUGAGCUUGUGAUCAGUUGGAUACCAUUAGUGGUCAGCGGAGAACUUAAAAGAGUCACCCUGUUGAGUUGUACACUUGAGCCUGCGAUACAGUUAUGUGAUUAUGUGACACUGGUUAGCGGAUACCCUAUUUUGACAGCUAUCAAUUGAUCAUAACUUGGAUGUCCAAUAUCAAGCUAAACGCUCUUUAUGAUAUGCAUUGGACUUUUAAGCUAUAGUAAGUAACACAUAUCACAUCCGCUUACAUGAAGAGAAGACGUACGUACGGACGGACGAUAUCAUCAGAACCAAAAUUUAUAAAUAUACAAAUUUUCUUACCCAUAUGGUACUCUAAUGCGGAGCUUCGAGAGCUCCGCUAAUAUUCUGUCAAAAGUUUGAAAUUUUAAUUAAGUUUCCAUUUGAAUGUGGACUGCGAAUGCAGCAUUUUUUCGCUGGAGCGUAGAAUUGACGUAAUAUUUUGUUUCGUAUAUUCAAGGGUGGAAUGUACAUUUUUAACUUGAUGGAUUACCAGACUGCCGGGCUGUCGUUGCUGUUUGUAACUUUGAUGGAAAUUGUUGUAGUUGGUUGGAUUUAUGGUAGGUUAAUAUGUAAAGCUUUAACACUUAAAAGACUUGGGUCACCCUCUAAGGUAACCAUCUAGUUUAUCUGCAUUUUUUAAAACCCAAGAGACCCUUAAUAACUUCCCAAGUUUCUCAUUUUUACCCAUCCGGAUAACAUGGUGCCCUCUGAUUGGCUCGUGAGCGGUCCAGAAUCCUAGAUCUGGACUUCGAUCCCUGACAGCUCGCCUCUCUGUUUACAAAGCUGAAACUUUUCGGAUAAAAACAAUAUUUUGUAAAUGUUAACAGCAUGGCUAGUGACAAUGGAAGUUUCCAUGUUGUUUUACUGAUGGUCAACGAAAAGAAAAUUCACUUCGUUCGAUUUCUGUUAAAGCCAAAAAAUAUUAGUAAACCAGAUAUUAUUUACCAGUUAUAUAUAGGGUCGGUCCGACUCUCUAUCAAUAUAUUUCACGAUGCGAACCUCCCGACCAGCGAAUAACAUACACAAUCUUCCCUAUGAGCCCGCAUAAUCACCAUGCAGUUCUUGGUGAUUAUGCGACAAUUGUCACUGUUUUCUGGUUUAAAUCUGUGGCUACAUAUAUCCCUCACAACGUGCCCGCGUAUAGGUACGCUUGUGAGGUGUGACUUAUCCAUUUUGCUUUGUACGCUUAUAUUUUUGCUUUGAUUGUGUGUUUUUUCUUUAUCCCGUUGAUCAACCUGGGGAUUAGGUCAAGCUAUUUAGAAUUAUAUUAAAAAACUAGGAAAGUACUCCUUUAAAAAGCUAGUGAUAGAUCUUGGCGAUUCUUGGCGCUUCAGCGAGACCGGAGGGCGGCGUGGAAGUGAGCUGGUUAUCAUUAUGGUAAAGAGAUAAAAAUCACUACAGUGGAACCUCGAUAUAACGAAGGGCCAAGGUACUGGCAAUAAUUGUUCGAUGUAACGAGGUUUCGUUUUUAUCGAGGUUCUUUCUCAUAUAUUCUACUAUUACUGGGGUAGAGAAAAUCAUUCGUUAUACCGAGGACUUUAUUCUAGAGAAGUUCCUUUAUAUCGAGGUUCCACUGUAAAUGACUGCCCAGUGUUAUAGGGAAUUCAAGACAGUCCACUCCUGUUUUCUGAAUUGCACCCAUUUUAAACUUCGCGUUUUUAGGUUCAGCCCUGAACGUAGGCAGUGUUACAAAACAAAUUCUACAUUAAUUGUGUCUACUAUAUCUUGAAAUUGUUUUUCUGUUUAAAUUUUGUUUCCCACUAUCAGAGAACCGUUAGAGAUAAUAUUUUGAAAACCUGUUGUUAAAGGGCCAUAUUGAGACGUCGGUUGAUGUAAAUCCUUUCAUCGCCUAUUUUCUCUUCAAUGUUGAUACUGUAUAUAGGUCUGCAGUUCUAUAGACCUCUUUCAUAAUGGCGGCCUAUUCAUAUAUUCUUUUCUAUGUAUGAUAAUUAGCCUUUCUGACCUAGUUUGAAAGAAGUUUUUCCUUGUAUUUUGCACAUGUUAACGAGGUUAGUAAGGUUAAUUAUCAUACUUAUAAAGGAGGUCUAUAAUUAAAGGCCCAGCUGUGCCACAGAAUCGGGUCUAAAGGCAACUUUAAUGGUUAAGUGGAAAUAUACAAUGGAAUGUCCUUAUGUAUUGAACACUUUUAAAAUCGUACAAAGAUCAAUUUCCCUACAGGCACCAAACUCAAAGAUAAUUGGUUAAACGAAAGGCUAGUCUCCUUUGGUCUUCUAAAAAGAGAGUUUACAACAUAAAUCAAGAUGAACUCAAGCAUCAAUAUGUAAGAGUGGAUUUAUUUCAGCGUGCACGCAUGCUAAAAAUAAGUGAGUGCCUUUCAUGAGUAACACGCAGUUCAUUUUCAGUCGCCUCAUGUAAGGAAAUCCCGAUUCCGGAUUGCGGGAAAUUUUUGCUUGUGGAAUCCGAAAUCCUCGGAUUUGGAAUCCGUAAUACAACUCAAGGAAUCCGGAAUCCCACUAAUGAUUGAAAGCCGGAAACUAAGUUCCACUGAAUAAAGCUGGAAUCCAGUUCUGGAAUCCGGAAAUCACGGUGGAGGCUGUCAGUGAGGUAUGUCUCUACUCAAGAGACAUUUUUUAAAAUCUCUCAUAGUCAAUGGACAAAAAAGGGGUCUUAAUCGAUAAUGGCCUCUCCCAUGAGCCUAGUGGUUUCUUAAGCUCUCCUUGCUAGAAUUAAAACCAAGGCGAAUAAGCUUUUAACUUUUUGAGAGACAAAUAAAUGAUCAUGCCAGUGAUGUUAUCUACUUGAGACCCCGUCCACACGUAUCCGGAUUAUUAUUGAAUCUGCAACUUUUCCUUUCCGGAUGAAAAAAUAUUCACGUUGGUCCACACAUAGCGUAUUCAAAUCAAGUUUGCCAGUCCACACGUAUCCGGAUUCAUUCUUAGUUCGUCAGCUAAUUUCACUAAAUUUGUAAUUAAAAGUGAUUUCUCGAUUUCUCGUGCCAUGUUCUGUCGCACUUUGUAAUAAAAAAGCUAUUGCACUUUGUGAUAAAAUAAGCUGUCACACUUUGUAAUAACACUUGUCGCACUUUGUAAUAAACUUGAAAUGGAUGGUCGGAGGGUAACCCAAUAAUAAGUAUAAUCAUCGACAACAACAACAACAACAAGUAAGGAAGCGAUAACGUGGCGUCCGGCAACCACCUUGAAGAUUCACGGUAAGAAACUGGACUCGAUCUAUGUUAUCGUCGGGUCGGAAAGAAAAAUAUCCAGAUCAGCGUCCACACGAUUCCGGAUUCAUAGCGCAUUCAUGAAUUUCCACUCCGGAGAGUGGAUUCAAAAAGUUGCGGAUUCGUAUGCCGGAUUCAUCGGAUACGUGUGGACAUCGGAAAAAUGAUAAUAUCAUGCAUUCGUACAGUUACCCACUGCUGGCCCCAGUUGUUCAAACAUUGGAUAGCGCUAUCCACCUGAUUAAUCACUAUCGCUAGUGUUAGGGAAACCAGUUGCGCUAUCCAGUGAAUAGUGAUUUAUCCGUUUCACAGCUUUAUCAACCCUUUGAACAACUGUGUCAUAAGCGGGUGGAUAACAAACACCAAAAAAAUUCGGCGACAAAGUUCUUAUACUAGAAUUCACUAAAGCUAGCGCUGUUGUUUGCAUUGAACUGAAAAAAAUACAAAAAAAAAUACAAAAAAUAACUUGCUGUUCUUUUACUGCAAUUAUAAUAAAUGUUUAAAUUAGACUGGCUUUGACUGCUCUAAACUGUAUACUCUAAAAACCCAAAUUUCAUUUAUUAUACGAAAGCCAGCUUUAAACUUUUUAUCGCCGGUUAUUGCCUAAACAGUUCACUACAUUAACAUCCUGUUAUUGGUUUCAUUUAGGUGUUGAUCGAUUCAGUGAUGACAUAGAGGUUAUGACUGGGCAGAGACCUAAACUGUGGUUCAGGAUUUGCUGGAAAUACUUGUCACCCAUUUGCACACUUGUAAGUAGUGAUUACAUGCAGCCUUACCCAAGCCUCUCUGAUGAGUUUUCCUUCACUUACUGUGAACUUACCAUUGGGCAUAAAUUAAACUCGGCACAUCGCAUAUCCGCGGCUGCAUCAGGAAGAGUGGCAAGCUUUUGAAAUGUUAUCCAAACGUCCUAUUAGGCUGCGUGGCCAGCUUUCAAAAGGGAAGGAAAAGGGGAUUUCGGGCGCGUGAAAAGCGCGGAUGGCGCACGACGAAGGAGGGAAGGUCUCGCACCAAAUACCCCUUCCCUUCCAUUUCGAACGCCUGCCACGCAGGCUAAACGUCCCAUAUGCAGAUAUCAAUUUUUGAACGUAGGGGGGUGGGAGGGAAGUAGGGGCAUAGGUGCGGCAAUUGAAUUUUUUGGUCAAAUUCCCGACCCUUGGGACUGGAAAAUAGUUCAAAUGUGAUAAAAUAUCCUUUUCUGGGGAUAACAACACCGCAGUUCGCGGCAAAGUUUGUGGUCAAAAUUCCCUGAGAGGGGACAAAUGAAGCGUUUAAAUGCCACAUCUAUGCCCGUACGUACGUCACAUUUUUUUGCACCGUAUUUGCCCCGAGCAAAUUUGUGUAAAUGUAAAUUUCCCCUUCUCCAUCUAAACAUUAAUUCCUGCGUUAGGUGGGAAAUCCAAUUUAAACUAUUAACUCAGUAUACUCUUGGUAUACUGAAUUUGCAAAUGUUUCAAUUCAAAAUAUUUCCAAGCACAAUUGACAUCCUUUCCUCUGGGUAGAAUGUCUUGAAAACAUUUGCCAUUUCCUCUGCAGUUUCACGGCAUAUGAAAAUGGAUAUUAUCCGUUCCAGAUAGGCAUUCCUAAAUAAAAAGUAUUUCACAUACGAGUGUUUCUCUUGUAUAAUUGCUCUUCUUGAAGCAGUAAUUUGGUAAACCAAGGGAAAUCAAAAACAGCGAAUAUAAUGAUGAUAAUGAUAAUGAUAUCACAAUCAUGAUGAUAAUUAAUGACAAUAUAUUAAUGAUUAAUGAUACUGAUACUGAUAAAAAUAAAGGAGAUCAGGCGCCCAUUUCUUUCAAUAAGACUUUCCGAAACGCGCACUGCUUGUUUUCUUUAAUCUAACUGAAUAAUUUGCAGGUCAUCAUCUUGGCGAAUGUAAUUCAGUGGCAGGGUGUAUCGUAUAACAAAAAGCCUUACCCCGGAUGGGCUGAGUUUCUCGGCUGGCUCAUGGCUCUGAGUUCUAUGGUGCUUAUUCCCGCCUUUGCGAUUUACCAGCUCUGGAAAACUCCGGGAACUGUUACGGGGGUGAGGAUACUGUUUUUGAAUUCACAUGUUGUCGUUUGUUUAUCAUACCAGACGUGGUGCAGGUUGACCUUUGUGAUUCUGGAGUCUCCACCUCUGGCCAUUUAUGCCCUUAGUUGCGGGACGUUUACUGGUCGGUGGGGCAGCGAAAGUUUUUUGGUUGCGAAAUGUCUCGAAAUUUAGACAAAAUUUAACAAGGUUUGUCAAAGCCUCAUUAAAAAUCGCGCUUUCCGUUAGGGCGGCCAUCUUGGUUUCAAAUUUUCCGAGUUUAGCCUGGGGAUGAGUUUCAAAUCUACUUAGGAGGCGAAGGAGGAGACGGCAAGGAGGCGAGAAACCAAGAUGGCCGCCCGUAAUUUCUCGGCGAUCUUACGGAAAAUAAAUAGGGGACUGUGAACAGUAUACCUCUUUUCGAUCGGCUCUUUCUAAACUAACUAAUGUGGAAGUAACAUAUAAAAUUAAGGAAAUAAAACUCCUGUGCGUUUUAUGUAAAUUACAAAAAGUCGACUUUCUCAUUGCGAUCAUUCAAGCAAACGAUGGCUACAUUUUUUUUUUUUUUUGACACGAAAAGUUGGCUCAGUAUUUAUUUAUCUUAAUUUUCCUGUUAGGUCUUAUGCACAUAUGUAUAAAUGAAAUUUAUUAUUUAUUUAAUUACUUUUUCUUUCUUGAGUGAGUGACACAGACCGGAUAAGACACGGAGAUAUUUCAUUGCGGGUCGCUCUGUUCGUUCAGCUCGUCUAGUUUUAACUUGGUUUCAUCCUUUUUUCCAAGUGGUUGUAAAGCUUUAAUAAGUUUAGUUUUCUGGCUACAAGUUAAUCAGUAUUUCAUUAUGUACCUGUACAGAAUUUUAACCCUCUUUAAAUUAAAUGUAUAUUGUACUGCACAUGUCCCUUACGGAAAGCCAUCUUUUCCCGUGUCUUUACCCCGUGCAUGUUCAUUUCUGAUCUUUUUACAGUUGGAAUUUCAAAAUUCAAUUAACUUAUAACCUAACGCUUUUUCUUUUCUUCUCCCUGUGAAGCGUUUUUACACAUUAUUGAAGCCAGACGAGAGGAUGCUGUCCCAGAUUGAACGGGAGCAUGAUGUCAACCGCGAGCGAAAGGCAGAGGUUAUCGCGGUG